CGUCGUGGAAGUGGCCCCGUGAAGACCUGGAAGGACUUAGGGUGACCCGCCCCCAGGGUGCAGGGGGGGUCUCGUGGAGUCCUUUCGGUGACAGGCUCUCCUGCCUCUGGGCUGCUGUCCCGCACAUGCUAGUUAAUGGCUCGCUGAGUUUGCGUCAUCGGGUCGGUCCCCUCUGUGACCCUUUGACUCGAAGAGUACUCGUGUACAGCAUGCAGAGGACGAGCCGAGAUGCUACGUUUGAGAAAACCUGGGAGUCUGGUGGCUGUUCCCUUCUCCGUCUGGGAGGAGAGAGGGCAGGAAGCCAGGCGGCCCCUGGAGGGCAGGCGGCCCUUUCGUUGUCCAUGCUCGGAACAACGAGGUGCGAUGGGGACCGAGCGUCAGCCAAGCGCAGGAGAGCCUGGCCUCGAGAGGCUCCCGGUCUGCCGGAGGGGCAGGCACAUCGUGGGAUCGACGCAGAGGACGCAGGGCCACCAGCCCGAGGCCACCCAUUUGAGGGAGGACAGCUCUGGGCCGCGGUCUCGGGGCUGCAGGAAGUAUCCGUCUGUUUAGGUCGAGUUCGGUCCGUCUUCAGCCCCUUCCGUCUGAGCAGGUCGGGAUCCCAGCUUCGGAUGUGCCCGGGCUGCGUGGCCUGCAGAGGAGGAGGCCAGAACCCACAGGCUCGGGUGUUUUCUGGAGAAGGCCGGGUGGCACCCUGGGGCUGGGACAUGCUGGUGGCCCUGGCACCCCGGCUGGCUCUGUGGUGCCUAAGAGCGGGACGGUCACCCUGGUGGUCUGGCCCCCACCGUCCCAGGCCCCGUCCCAGGCCCCGUUUUCUCUCCGAAUCUGGGUCCAGUUCCUGGGCAGAGCCGUCGCUCCUCUGGCCUGGCCGGGCAGAUGCGUUCGAGGCAUAACUUCUGCAUCUGAUGCCCAAAGCCAGCGUGUGCAAGGGCCCCGGGGGUAGGGGGCAGGGACACACACGCCAGGUUAGCCUCUCUGGGGGUGUCCUGCUGCCAUCUGACCUGCCUGUGUGUGACAGGCAUGUGAAGUGUGACCAGAUCACAGGAGGGCAAACGGCUGUCCGAGAGGGAGGGGAGGCCUCCCUGGAGGGGGCACAGUAGGGCUGCCGGCUGGGGCUGAAAGGUCCCAGAAGGAAAGCAGAAGUGGGGCGAGGACUGGGCGGCCAGGAGAGCGCCUGGGUGAGGGGAGGGCAGUCCGUGUGAGGCAGAGGCGCCCAGCAGCUGUUAGAUUUGAGAUUCUCCUUUCUGCCUGCAAGACCCUGGCGCCACGAGGGUGGCGUGGGCCAUGCUGGAAGGGGGUGGGGCCCCGCAGGAACCUUCCCACUGGG